CCGGAGGGGGGCGGGUCAGGAAGUGGGGGCGCGGCAGCCGGGAGCGGGCCGGGGCGGCCGCGGCUUGGCAGACGCGGAGGUUUGGGAGAUUCGGGGCCGCUCGGCAGCCGGCGGGCCACCCGGGCCUCCGCGGAGACGAUGGCGAAGGAAGAAGGAUCAUCUGUAGAAGUGCGCCAAAGGAAAAAACCAAAGACUUCAGGAAGUCAGGAAGCCAGAGCAGAGAAGAGAAGUGGUACCCCGGUUCCUGUAAGAGCCCCGAAAUAUGUGUCGUUUCAGCGCUUUGCAAAGAUAUUUAUUGGCUGUCUCGCAGCAGUUAUUAGUGGUAUGAUGCAUGUUUUCUACUUAUCAGCAUACCAUGAACGGAAAUUCUGGUUUUCCAACAGGCAGGAACUUGAACGAGAAAUCACAUUUCAGGGAGACAGUGCUAUUUAUUACUCCUAUUAUAAAGACAUGUUAAAGGCGCCUUCAUUUGAAAGAGGUGUUUACGAGCUGACGCACAAUAACAAGACCGUCUCCCUGAAGACUAUCAAUGCUGUGCAGCAGAUGUCUCUGUAUCCAGAGCUUAUUGCCAGUGUUCUCUAUCAAGCAACUGGGAGCAAUGAAGUGAUUGAACCAGUAUAUUUCUACAUUGGCAUUGUUUUUGGAUUACAAGGAAUAUAUGUUACAGCUUUAUUUGUUACAAGUUGGCUUAUGAGUGGCACAUGGCUAGCAGGAAUGCUUACUGUUGCGUGGUUCCUAAUUAAUAGGGUAGAUACAACAAGAAUCGAAUACUCCAUUCCUUUAAGAGAAAACUGGGCUCUGCCAUACUUUGCAUGCCAAGUUGCUGCACUUACAGGCUAUUUAAAAAGAAACUUAAAUACUUAUGCAGAGCGGUUUUGCUACCUGUUGAUGAGUGCCUCGACGUACACGUUCAUGAUGGUGUGGGAGUACAGCCACUAUGUCUUGUUCCUGCAAGCAGUAUCUCUGCUGCUGCUGGACGUGUUCUCCGAGGAACAAAGUGACAAGGUUUACGAAGUCUAUAAAAUCUACAUAUUUUCUCUCUUCUUGGGGUAUUUACUACAGUUUGAGAAUCCAGCUUUAUUGGUGUCUCCUUUAUUAAGUUUAGUAGGAGCGUUAAUGCUUAUUAAGUGCCUUCAGCUGAAUGGGAAAAAGGGAACUUUUGUGGCUAAAGUGGUCAAAGUGGUGAAGUUUUACCUGGUGUGCACUCUGCCGCUGACCCUGAACUUGAUAGUGAAGACGUUUGUCCCACACAAAGAAAAUGAGCAUGUGCUGAAAUUCCUUGAAGUAAAAUUUGGAUUAAAUGUAACUAAGAAUUUCACAUUGAACUGGCUCCUCUGUCAGGAAUCUCUCCAGGCACCGUCUCAGGAUUUUUUUUUACGAUUGACACAAUCUUCCCUAUUACCAUUCUAUAUUUUAGUGUUAAUUAUUUGUCUUCUUUCUAUGACUCAAGUUAUUUUUAGGAGGAUGAAUGGUAAAUCCCAGAAAGAAACUGUAACUCUUGAAGAUGGAAGAAUUGGAGAAAGGCCAGAAAUAAUUUAUCAUGUAAUUCAUACUCUUAUACUGGGUUCUCUUGCAAUGCUUAUGGAAGGCUUGAAAUUCAUUUGGACUCCUUACAUGUGCAUGUUAGCAGCAUUUGGUGUCUGUUCCCCUGAACUUUGGAUGACACUUUUAAAGUGGCUUCGAUUAAGAACUGUACACCCAAUAUUGUUGGCGCUUAUUCUGAGCAUGGCUGUGCCCACUAUUAUAGGUCUUAGUUUGUGGAAAGAGUUUUUUCCAAGGUUAAUUACAGAAUUAACUGAACUACAGGAAUUCUAUGAUCCAGAUACAGUGGAACUCAUGACCUGGAUAAAGAGGCACGCUCCAGCUGCAGCUGUGUUUGCUGGGAGCCCACAGUUAAUGGGUGUGAUUAAACUGUGCACUGGAUGGAUGGUGACGAGCUUGCCCCUUUACAGUGAUGAUGAUCUUCUCAACAGAAAUGAAAACAUUUACCAAAUCUAUUCAAAGCGAUCUGCUGAGGAUAUUUAUAAAAUCUUGACAUCUUACAAAGCUAACUACCUCAUUGUAGAAGAUGCCAUCUGCAAUGAGAUGGGAACCGUGAGAGGCUGCAGGGUUAAAGACUUACUAGAUGUUGCAAAUGGGCAUGUGGUUUGUGAAGAAGGUGACAAAUUAACCUAUUCAAAGUAUGGACGGUUUUGUCAUGAGGUCAAAAUUAACUAUUCUCCAUAUGUGAAUUACUUCACUCGCGUGUACUGGAACAGGUCCUACUUCGUAUAUAAAGUCAACACUGUGAUAUCCUUCCAGUCUUGAAAAUAUCAGAGCCUUCACUUCAAAGACCUGCUACUUGAAGUAGAAUGCAGUUUUCUUGGACCUCCAUGGUGUCUUGCAGAUGGAGUGUGGAUACCUGGAGUGCUGUGGCUCUUCCCACGCCCGCUGCUGAUUCCUGGGUUUAGGGUUUUGUUGGAACAGGAGAUCAGACGUCGCUGUCUUAGUAAAAUGUCAAAUCCACCGCUGCAAUCUUCUGACAGCUUUCUUCCUUAGUACACGAUUUAAACAUUUCCCCACUGCAUCGUCUUCUUAUAAAUCUUACCUAUCAUAAUAUUGAUCUUUAAUUUGGGUAUUUUCACGGUCAGUGUUUACGUCAAGAACAUAAUUUUUAACAAGUACUUAAUGUGUGAUUUUAUUCUAUAGUAGAAGAGAAAAUUCUCCAAGCAAGUUUGUAACAGAUGUAAAUUUUUUACAAUUAAAAAAAAUUUAAAUGUUAGUUAAAAAUAUGUGACAUUUAAAUUUAAAGGGAAAUAACAUAAAGGAAAGUGAUUGUUUUUAUGAUACUGAUCCUGUCAUCUGCUGCCCAAGUGACGUAGCACGUUCUUAGCAAUACAUAGGACGAAUUAGUACAUUUAAUUAUUUCAUGACUAUGAAGUGAUUGCCUUUCCUCACUUAUGCCCAUUAAGUUGAUAACAAUUUAAUCAUGCUAGAACGAUAACUUGUGUUUGUUAUAUAUAUGUGUGUGUAUAUAUUUAUUUACACACACACACACACACACACACACACACACACACACACAUAUGGACAUUUAAAAGAAUUUUACAUUUUUUUGGAUGUGGAGUAUACAAUUCAAUCACAUGUUUUCUAUGGACGUGUUAAAUAAAAAUAAUUAACACUGUCACAAUAAUAAUAUGUACACUACCAUGGGCAUCAGUUUCUGGAGGUGUCUGCAGACACUUUUAAACACACCUCUGCAUAUAGGUGUAUUGGUUAUAAAGUAUAACCAAUAAAGUGAUGUUAUUCAUGAAACAUUACAUGUUUAACAGAGCAAAAUGAGAGUUAAAUAAAAUUUUCAAUAAUUCACAGCAUAAAUGCCACAUUCCUUUGUGUAUUUUCAAUUUUGUAUCAUUAAAAGAAAUUCUAAGUCAGUGUAGUGACUCGUGCCUUUAAUCCCAGCAUUUGGGAGGCAGAGGCAGGCAGAUCUCUGUGAGUUCCAAGACAGCCAGAGCUACAUUGUCAGACCCUGUUUGUGGGGAGAAAGAAAUUGUAAUUAAUUUGGCCUGUUAAAGAGAUUCAGGAUAGAUGAAGCCUGUAGAGAAAUGAUUUUAAUAAAAUGAGUAUUUAAUUUUAUAUUA